AUGGGCAUAACCGAGGCCGCUGAUAGAAUAGCUUUGGCAGUAUUCGAGCUUGAUGAUGAGGCUGACCAUUGGUGGGAGUUAAUCAAGAAUACUCGUGACGUAGCGAGCCUAUCAUGGAACCAGUUCAAGGAACUAUUCCUAAAUAAAUAUUUCCCAAGUACUAUCCGUCGAGAACGAGUCAAGGAAUUCCAAAACCUGGAACAAGGGAAUAUGACCGUGACCCAGUAUGCUGCAAGAUUUGAAGAGCUAGCCCGUUAUGCAACCAGAAUCGUAGCAAAUGAUGAAGAAAAAGAAAGGAUGUUCGAGUGGGGACUGGACCUUACAAUCAGAGGUAGAAUCCUUCCACAACGACUCCCCUCAUAUGUCGAGGUGCUAGAAACGGCAUUAGAAUCUAAAAGGGAAGUGAACGACGCCAGGAAGGCUUGGAACAAGAGAAAAGGGAGUCAGACGUCUAUUAGACCUCAGAGGAACCAGAAGGGAAGCAUGACCUCAAAGCCUUACUCCAUACCACAACCACAACAGCAACGACAACAACCGCAGCAACAGAUCCAGAGGGGAGGCUACCAACAAAGACUGGUGGGACAAAUCCAGUGCUUUCAUUGCCAACAAUUAGGGCACAAAAAGAGCGAAUGCCCCCAACACCCUCCAUCGGCAUACCAAGGAGGAGGUUCCGGAGCAAAUGCCCAGGCGUUAGGUGGGCAGAAGCCUUGGACAAAUAAGACAGGAUCUAUCGGGCAGCGGCACCAGAAGAGUGGAGGAACUCAGAACACCAAGACCAGUGGCAACCAGAAGGCAACUGACAGAAUCUUUGCCCUGCAAGAGGAAGAGGCAGACCCGUCCGUAAUUGAGGGUAAUUUAGUACUAUACAAUUCUUGGGUGCAUGUUUUAUUUGAUGCCAGUACAUCACAUUCUUUCAUAUCCUCUGCUUGUGCUAAGUCAUUAGAACUUGUAUGUGAACCCUUAGCAACGGCCUUAAGUGUAAUGUCACCUAUGGGAGGGUGCGUUCCGGUAGGAUCAAUCUGCAAGGACUGUAAGAUAGGGAUGACAGACCUACGCUUAACUUGCGACCUUCGUGUCAUGGAAAUGUCAGACUUCGAUAUUAUUUUGGGCAUGGACUGGUUGUCCGCCCGCCGAGCGGCGAUCGACUGUCGCCAGAAGAAAGUGGUAGCUCAUACGCAAGAUGGAACACGUUUCCAGUUGAAGGGGGAUAGACAAGACCCCAUGGUUUCAACAAAACAUCGGACGCAGUGGCGCGAUCAACUUGCGAGUAGGAUAGCAAGCCUAAUUCUAAAUGAGGAAGACCAAGGCGAAAUAGAACUUCCGCGCGUAGUACGCGACUAUGCAGAUAUAUUUCCUAUGGAAUUACCAGGAUUGCCGCCAACCUGA